GUUCCCGCCAAAAUCAUUCGCGGCUUUUUGGUGUGUCGUUGCUCCGGUUAAAUGUUGUAUUUAAAAAAAUAUAUUGUAUUCAUCUAAAUAUAGGAUAAAAUGCCAUCCAGAGAUUAUUCAGAAGAUAAAGAGAAAAUCAAGACGUUCCUGUCCAGCUUUGUUACAGAAGACAAGAAAGGAGAAAAAUCUUUAAAAUAUGGGUUACAGUUGGUACAAAUAGCUCAUCGUGAACAAGUUGCUAUAACAAUAGAACUGGAUGAUGUAGCAGAAAUGUUUGAAGAUCUAUGUGAAGCCAUAGAAGAAAAUGCUCGUCGAUAUUCUACAUUAUUUGCUAAUGUUAUUCAAGAAAUGCUACCUGAUUAUAAAACUCAUCAGGUUCCUGCUAAAGACAUUCUUGAUGUUUACAUCAUGCAACGUUUGAGAAUUGAAAGCAGAUUCCACGAAGAAGGAGAGUUCCGAGAUCCUCAUAAUAAAUACCCUCCAGAAUUGUUACGUCGCUUUGAAGUGUAUUUUAAAAAUCGAGAAACACAGAAGCAUCUUUCUGUUCGAGAUGUAAAGGCUGAACACAUAGGAAAACUUGUCGCUGUAAGAGGCAUUGUGACUAGGUGUACAGAAGUUAAGCCCAUGUUGGUAGUUGGAACUUACACAUGUGAUCAGUGUGGAUCUGAAACAUAUCAACCUGUAAAUUCUUUAGCAUUUAUGCCUCUGAUAAUGUGCAACAGUGAAGCUUGCAGAGUUAAUAAAUCAGCUGGCAGAUUGUAUUUACAAGCCCGUGGCUCUAAAUUUAUUAAGUUUCAAGAAAUAAAGAUUCAAGAAUAUAGUGAACAAGUGCCCGAGGGUAACAUUCCCCGUUCUAUGACUAUUCAUACUAAGGGUGAAAUGACACGAUUGGUGCUUCCUGGUGAUCAUGUUAGCAUCACAGGAAUAUUUUUGCCUAUUGUUCGAACUGGAUUUAGACAAAUAGCUCAAGGGUUACUUGCAGAUACAUAUCUUGAAGCACAUCGAAUUGUGAAAAUGAACAAAACUGAAGAUGAUGAAUUAAAUGAGCAAGAUAUGACUCAGGAAGAAGCUGAAGCAAUUCUUAGUACUCAUAAUUAUGAUCAAAUGGCAAGUAGUAUUGCUCCCGAAAUUUUUGGACAUGAGGAUGUCAAGAAGGCUCUUUUAUUACUAUUAGUUGGUGGUGUCGAUAGGAACCCAAAUGGAAUGAAAAUUCGAGGCAACAUUAACAUCUGUCUAAUGGGUGAUCCUGGUGUUGCAAAAUCACAGCUUUUGUCAUAUAUUGAUCGUUUAGCACCAAGAAGUCAGUAUACGACUGGAAGGGGUUCUUCUGGUGUUGGUUUAACAGCAUCUGUUAUGAAAGAUCCAGUAACUGGUGAAAUGGCUUUAGAAGGUGGGGCUCUGGUUCUUGCAGAUAAAGGUGUUUGCUGUAUUGAUGAAUUUGAUAAAAUGAUGGAUUCUGACAGAACGGCCAUUCAUGAAGUUAUGGAGCAACAGACAAUUUCAAUUGCAAAGGCUGGUAUCCUGACAACAUUAAAUGCUCGAGUAUCCAUCUUAGCUGCAGCAAAUCCAGCUUAUGGGCGAUACAAUCCUAAGAGGAGUCUUGAACAGAACAUUCAGCUACCUGCUGCAUUAUUGUCCCGUUUUGAUUUGCUUUGGCUUAUUCAGGAUAAACCAGACAAAGACACUGAUCGCAGGUUAGCUGAUCAUAUUACUCAGGUCCACAUGCAUUGUAAAGAGCCACAAACAAACUUUCAGCCUAUGCCAAUGAAUUUGUUAAGAAGAUAUGUUACAUAUUGCCGAAAUAUUUCUCCCAUCAUUCCUGAAGAUCUGACUGAUUAUAUCGUCAGUGCAUAUGUUGAAAUCAGGAAAGAAGCUCGUAAUAGUCAAGACAUGACUUUUACUUCUGCAAGAAACAUGUUGGGAAUUUUGCGAUUAGCAACAGCAUUGGCUCGUCUAAAUCUUAGAGGAACAGUUGUAAAACAGGAUGUUGAUGAAGCUAUUCGCUUACUUGAUAUGUCAAAAACAUCAUUAACUCAGCAGCGUCAUUAUACAGGAAGAGCACAAACUGCAACUGAUCAAAUAUUUAAUAUAAUUCGAGACAUUAUGGCAGAAACUGAGUGCAGAACUGUAAAAGUUGCUGAUGCCCUUGAACGUUGUGUUGCUAAAGGUUUUAACCCAGAUCAGUUUGAAGAAGCAAUUGAAGAGUAUGAAGAGUUAGACAUAUGGCAUGUGAACCAGUCACGUACAAAAAUAACUUUUAUUUAAAUAUAUUUUCAUCCUUUGAUCAUUUUGUUAUUUGAAUUGAUGUUUCCAUACUAUUAUAAAUAAAAUUUUUCACUUCUUUUAA